CGCUGUUGCGCAGGCGCGCGACUACAAAGUCUACUCAGGAACUGGCAAAGAUCUUUCUUUCGGCUCUCAGACAUGGGCACACAGCAGAAGGAUGUUGUUAUCAAGGCAGAUGCACCAGACACUCUGUUAUUGGAGAAACAUGCUGAUUAUAUUGCAUCCUAUGGCUCAAAGAAAGAUGAUUAUGAGUACUGUAUGUCUGAGUAUUUGAGAAUGAGUGGCAUCUACUGGGGUCUGACAGUAAUGGAUCUCAUGGGACAACUUCAUCGCAUGAAUAGAGAAGAAAUUCUAGCGUUUAUUAAGUCAUGCCAACAUGAAUGUGGUGGAAUAAGUGCUAGUAUUGGACACGAUCCUCAUCUUCUAUACACACUCAGUGCUGUCCAGAUUCUUACUCUAUAUGAUAGUAUCAAUGUUAUUGACAUAAAUAAAGUUGUGGAAUAUGUUCAAAGUCUGCAGAAAGAAGAUGGUUCUUUUGCUGGAGACAUUUGGGGAGAAAUUGAUACAAGAUUCUCUUUUUGUGCGGUGGCGACUUUGGCUCUAUUGGGGAAACUUGAUGCUAUCAAUGUGGAAAAGGCAAUUGAAUUUGUUUUAUCCUGUAUGAACUUUGAUGGUGGAUUUGGUUGCAGACCAGGUUCUGAAUCUCAUGCUGGGCAGAUCUAUUGUUGCACAGGAUUCCUGGCUAUUACUAGUCAGUUGCAUCAAGUAAAUUCUGAUUUACUUGGUUGGUGGCUUUGUGAACGACAGUUACCUUCAGGUGGACUCAAUGGACGACCAGAAAAGUUACCAGAUGUAUGCUAUUCAUGGUGGGUUUUGGCCUCCCUAAAGAUAAUUGGAAGGCUGCAUUGGAUUGAUAAAGAAAAAUUGCGUAGUUUCAUCUUAGCAUGUCAAGAUGAAGAAACGGGGGGAUUUGCAGACAGACCAGGAGAUAUGGUGGAUCCUUUUCAUACGUUAUUUGGAAUUGCUGGAUUGUCACUUUUGGGAGAAGAACAGAUUAAACCUGUUAGUCCUGUUUUUUGCAUGCCUGAAGAAGUGCUUCGAAGGGUGAAUGUUCAGCCUGAACUAGUGAGCUAGAGUCAUUGAUGCAGCAGUUGCUGAGUGUGGUUUUGGCAUCUCAACAUUUCUGUAUUUGAAGUGCUUACUGAAUUUUAAAAUGACUACUGUUAAUAUUUUGUACUGUAUAUUAUUGUGUUAAUUUUAAUAAAUUAUAUAAUUAUACAUAUUGUAAAGUAAGUAUUAUUUCUUGGCUUUAGACUUUCUUUAGAAAUGCUGUUAAUCUGAGUUCUGCUUGAUCUUGUGUUUGUGUACACUUAACAUGUUCUUUAACAAUAGUUAUUUAAACUGUUUUGUUGUCAUUAAGUGAUAAAAAUGGGUAAGCACCAUAUAUGAAUUAAACAAUGCACAAAAUAAAUGACUUUGUAAUUUGGGAGUAA